AUGGUUCUACAACAAACAAGGGCUCGAGAUGAGCUUUGGAAAAUGAUUAAUGAACAACCUAUGCAUCUAUUAGACCCAACUGUUGCACAUACUCGAGGACGACCAGCUGGAUCAAGGAAUAAUACUAAAUUAUCUACUCAAAGAAUUCCUUCAGCAUUUAAGCUGGAAGAAUCGAAAACAACUA